AUGUCGCAGCCCCUCUCGCAGAAAUAUCUUAGCACGCGGGGUGGCUCCUACGGGCUGUCCUUUGAGGAUGUGGUAUUGAAAGGACUGGCCUCCGACGGUGGUCUCUUCGUCCCUGAGCAAAUCCCUACCCUCCCCACCUCCUGGGAGUCUGAGUGGCCCGACCUGAGUUUUGAAGAUCUCGCAUUCAAUAUCAUGUCCUUGUACAUUUCACCCUCAGAUAUUCCCGCCGCAGAUCUAAAGGACAUCAUCAAGCGCUCUUACGCCACCUUCCGCCACCCGGAACGUACCCCCCUCGUUGAAUUAGAUGGCAAGAAGAACCUUCACCUGCUCGAACUGUUCCAUGGCCCAACCUUCGCCUUCAAGGAUGUAGCCCUGCAAUUCGUCGGUAACCUGUUUGAGUACUUUCUUGUGCGCAAGAAUCAGGGCAAGGUGGACAAGGAUAGACAUCAUCUCACCGUGAUUGGUGCGACUAGUGGAGAUACUGGAUCGGCUGCCAUCUACGGCCUUCGUGGCAAGAAGGAUGUCUCUAUAUUCAUUCUAUUCCCCGAUGGGCGUGUGUCGCCCAUCCAGCAGGCGCAGAUGACGACCGUCCUAGAUGCGAAUGUUCACAAUCUGACGGUCCAGGGCUCGUUUGAUGACUGCCAGGACAUGCUCAAGGCUCUGUUCGCGGAUCCCGAACUCAACUCCACCCACAACCUCGCCGCCGUCAACUCCAUAAACUGGGCUCGUAUCCUGGCUCAGAUAACAUAUUACUUCUACUCCUACUUCGCCCUGACGAAGAACCCCGGUUUCUCGGAGGGUUCGAAGAUGCGCUUUGUCGUUCCCUCGGGCAACUUCGGUGACAUUCUUGCUGGCUGGUUUGCCAAGAGCAUGGGUCUCCCCGCCGAGAAGCUGGUCAUUGCCACGAAUGAGAACGAUAUUCUGGACCGUUUCUUCCGCAGCGGCGGAAAGUACACUAAGAAUGUCUCCCAGUCGGCCGGUGUGAAGGAAACGCACAGCCCCGCCAUGGACAUCCUGGUCAGCAGCAACUUCGAGCGUCUGAUCUGGUACCUGGCCUUCCAGACAGAUGGUGCCAGCUCUGUUGAGGAAAGGCGCAAACAUGCUUGUGAGAGCGUGAGCGACUGGUUGAACAAGUUGAAGAGUCAGGGCGGCUUUGAAGUCCCCCGCGCCGUCCUAGAAGGGGCGCAGGCCGACUUUGAAAGCGAGCGUGUGAGCGACGACGAAACUAUUGCCCAGAUCCGUGCCACAUACACUUCUUGCUUCCCGUCUAACCUUGGUCCUGGCAGCGCCAAGAGCUCUAAAACCGGCGGGUACAUCCUCGAUCCUCACUCGGCUGUCGGUGUCAGCGCUUCUCUGCGCUCGAUCGAGCGGAACCCAGGCACCAGCCACAUUUCGCUUUCCACUGCGCAUCCCGCCAAAUUCGUCAGUUCCGUCGAUCUGGCUCUGCGGAACGAGGACGGCUACGACUUCAAUGAAGUCCUGCCCCAGGAAUUUGUUGGGUUGGAACAGCGUGAGAGCCGUAUGACCCCAAUCCCUGCUGGUGCUGGUUGGCAAGGUGUCCGUGAGGUUGUCAAGGCCGAAGUGGAGCAGGAGCUUCAGGGUCUCAGGUAG